AUGUACGGGACACCUAUGUGUGCCCCACAGGAUGAGUUCCACCCCUUCAUCGAGGCGCUGCUGCCCCACGUCCGGGCCUUCUCCUACACCUGGUUCAACCUGCAGGCCCGCAAGCGCAAAUACUUCAAGAAGCACGAGAAGCGGAUGUCGAAGGAGGAGGAACGUGCCGUCAAGGACGAGCUGCUGGGCGAGAAGCCUGAGGUCAAGCAGAAGUGGGCCUCGCGCCUCCUGGCCAAGCUGCGCAAGGACAUCCGGCCCGAGUGCCGCGAGGACUUCGUGCUCUCCGUCACCGGCAAGAAGGCGCCCUGCUGCGUUCUCUCCAACCCUGACCAGAAGGGCAAGAUCCGCCGCAUCGACUGCCUGCGCCAGGCCGACAAGGUCUGGCGCCUGGACCUGGUGAUGGUCAUCCUCUUCAAGGGCGUCCCGCUGGAGAGCACCGAUGGCGAGCGCCUGGCCAAGGCGCCCCAGUGUGCCAGCCCCGGCCUCUGCGUCCAGCCCCACCACAUCGGCGUCACCAUCAAGGAGCUCGACCUCUACCUGGCCUACUUCGUCCACGCGCCUGACUCUGGACAAUCUGACAGUUCAAACCCCCAGGGAGAUGCGGACAUCAAACCACUGCCCAACGGUGAGCCCCCAGUGCCUCCAGUGCCCCCCCCAGUGCUCCCAGUGCCUCCCCAGUGCUCCCA